GGGAGCUUUGUGUCAGCGCGCGGGACUGGCGGGAGCGCGGGACGCCCGGCUGGCGGGGGAGCCGGGGGGCUGCCCGCCCGUGCUGCCCGGCAGGUCGGGAAACUCCCCAGAGGAGUGGAGGGCUCGUGCAGGUCCCUGCCCUAACCACCCGCUGCAGGUCCGGCCCGAAGCUGACCUUCGUUCCAGAAUGCGGAAGGCCCGGGGCGCCUCCAUCUUGGCGGAGAGAAAGAGCUCCGGGAAGGGCGAGAAAGAAGGAAAAGAGAGAGUCCUUGAGUCCUCUGUGCAGGUAAAUGACAAGACUCUCGUGUAACAGGAGAGGAAACUGAGGCACAGAGAAGUGACACCUCCCUGGCCCCACCUAGUCACAGCGCGUCGCAGCUAGAGGGGCCCCUAAAAGCGAGCCCAGCCCUGGACCGAGGCUCAGAAGAGACCACUGAGGACACAGCAAGAACACAGCUGUCCACAAGCCAGGAGGAGGGUCCUCCACCAGGAACGGAAUUGCCAGCACCCUGAUCUUGGACUUCCCAGGCUCCAGAACUGUGUACCCCCUCUCAGCACCUCCAUUUUUCAUCUGUAAAAUGGGGACAACGUCAGCACCUAUCACAGUAAAGGUGGUUGUGUUGUAGAAGUGAGAGAAUUCAUGGAUGCCUAGGACACAGCCUGGGAUACUGCCCCAGCUGCAGAGCCUUAUUGCUCAAGAAGAUAGCACAGCCCAGAGAGGACAGAGCUCGCUGGAGGAGCAUUCGGGUGCAGAACAGCAAGUGCAAAUGCCCUGGAGCAGGAUGGAAUAGACUGGAACAUAGGCAUGCCUAAAGGAUCAGCCGACAAGGAAGUCCAUAUAAAUGGGAUCAUACAGUACGCACUCCUGUGGGAGGCUUCUUUCACACAAUGCAUUUGCAAUUCGUUUACGUGGUUGCAUGAAUGGUGCCUUCUCAUUGGCCUGGGCAGAGGCACCAGGGAGGUCCGCACUCCGGUCCCAGGGCAACCAGGCGGCAUCAUGGGGACUCGAGACAAGCGCUCGGCUGCUCAGAGCCCGGAACUCUACGCUGCCCGGAUACCGUUGCUGGAACAAAGGACACCCAGGGCACCAAGAUGGAACCCUCCCCAAGAGCCUCCUCCUCCUCCAGGAACUCCAGUUCUUCCCCCACUGUACAUCCAAGGCCCCCCGGGCGCUCAGCCGGCGGUGUUCACCAGCUUGCCUAGGAUGGGGUCUGCCACCCCCGUACGGUCCGUAUGUCGGUACUGUGGGAACUACAUCAUCACAGUGACCAGCCCGGUCCCAGGGGUCAUCACCUGGCUGUUGUGUACUGGCCUCUUUGUGUUUGGUUUGAUGGACGUGAAGCACACGUGCCCAGUGUGCCGGCAAGAGCUCUUCCGCUACCAUCGCCUGUGAACGUCCGCAAAAUAAAUGUCCAUUAAGUGCUCUGUGUGUGUGCCCACGUCUGUCCUGCUGGGAUCCCUCCUGGCCCAGGGAGGGCGGGCCUAGCACCGAGGGCUCAGCAGGUGCUCGGGCAGCCAUGGGGGAAUGAAGGGGGGCCGUGGUAUCCCGCCCCGCCCUUCAGACCCCUCAGAAACCCCGAGUGCGGUUUUCCUGGCUCCUUCCCAUCAGCCCAAGCUUCGGCAUCUCCAGAACGUCUCUGCACCUCCAGGCGGGGGGACGCCUCACUUCCCAGUAUCCACAGCCUCACAGAUCUGCGGGGCUUAGGCAAAUGCUUGGGACAGUAAAGGCCCCAAGCUGGUGAACAGAGUACCCUCUGGGUAACACGGGGUCUGCAGGGGAUGGGUUGGGGCUGGGGAGAGCCUAUAGGGAAACCCGGGGGCACAACCAAGGGAGAGCUUUUGGUUUUUUGGGUUUUAAAGGUUUUUAAUUAAUCUCUACACCUGAUGUGGAGCUCCAGCUCACAACCCUGAGAUCAUGCUCUUCCGGCUGAGCCAGCCAGGCGCCCCCCCGCCCCGACGAGGGAAUUUUAUUUAGCAAAAGAAGAUAAACGUUAUUCACCCAUCUUUUCAAGGAAAAUUAAUUUCCUAUAGAAGGGAAAGGGAAGUGGGUGAAUUAGGGGGCAGGAAAGAAAGGGAACUCUCUUUAGACUUAAAUUAAAAAAAAAAAAAACUACAUUUGUUAUGAUGCUUCUUGGCAUCCCCCUCCCCCAGCCCCCCAGGGAGGGCAGCAUGCCCCCAUCCCAUAGCUGCGGAAGCCCGGGCAG